AUGUCUAAUGAAAGUUCUCAAUUUGCAGAAUUGUCAGAGCAACCUCAAACUCCUAUUUCAAUAAAACAUCCAGGAGGUCGUCCAUUAAGUGCUGUUUGGGAGAAUUUUGAGAAGCAAGCUCUUUCCUCAGCAGGACAUUUCUCUGCAAAAUGUAAAUUUUGUUUGAAAUUUCUUCCACAAGGAAGACCAAAUAAGUUGCAAGUUCAUUUGGCUAAGAAUUGUAAUAAAUGUCCUGAUGAUAUUCGUUUAAAAUAUACAAAUAUAAUUAUUGAAGAUGAAAAUGAUGUAUCAA